AUGCGGAGGAGGGAAAACCCGGCGGAGGCGGCGCCCAAGGAGCUGGAGUGCAAGCUGAAGAGCAUCACGGUGUCGGCUCUGCCCUUCCUGCGGGAGAACGACCUGAGCAUCAUGCACGGCCCGUCGGCCGCCGAGCCCAAGCUGCUCUUCUCCGUCCGCAACGAUUUCCCCGGCGAGAUGGUGGUGGUGGAUGAUUUGGAGAACACGGAGCUGCCUUACUUCGUGCUGGAGAUCUCGGGCAACACGGAUGACAUCCCCCUGGUGCGCUGGCGGCAGCAGUGGCUGGAGAACGGCACCUUGCUCUUCCACAUCCACCACCAGGAUGGGGCCCCCAACCUGCCUGGCUUUGAACCCACUGAUGAACCCCAGACUGAGUCAGCAGAAGAAGAGCUGAGGAUUCUCCACAUCUCUGUCAUGGGAGGGAUGAUCGCCCUGCUGCUCUCCAUCCUCUGCCUGGUGAUGAUCCUCUACACCCGCCGGCGCUGGUGCAAGCGGCGCCGGGUGCCGCAGCCCCAGAAAAGCGCCAGCGCCGAGGCGGCCAACGAGAUCCACUACAUCCCCUCGGUGCUGAUCGGGGGCCACGGGCGGGAGAGCCUGCGCAACGCCCGCGUGCAGGGCCACAACUCCAGCGGGACCCUCAGCAUCCGGGAGACCCCCAUCCUGGACGGCUACGAGUACGACAUCACCGACCUGCGGCACCACCUCCAGCGGGAGUGCAUGAACGGCGGGGAGGACUUCACCAGCCAGGUCACCCGCACCCUGGACUCGCUGCAGGGCUGCAAUGAGAAGGCCAGCAUGGACCUCACGCCAGGGAGCGAUAACGCCAAGUUGUCCCUGAUGAACAAGUACAAGGACAACAUCAUUGCCACCAGCCCCGUGGACUCAAACCACCAGCAGGCCACCCUGCUGUCCCACACCUCCAGCAGCCAGCGCAAGCGCAUCAACAACAAGGCACGAGCCGGCUCAGCGUUCCUCAACCCCGAGGGGGACUCGGGGACGGAGGCAGACACCGACCCCCAGCUGACCUUCUACACGGACCCCUCGCGGAGCCGGAGGCGCAGCCGAGUGGGUUCCCCCCGGAGCCCAGUCAACAAGACCACGCUGACCCUCAUCAGCGUGACGAGCUGUGUCAUCAGCCUGGUCUGCUCCUCCCACAUGAACUGCCCCCUGGUUGUCAAGAUCACCCUCCAUGUCCCUGAGCACCUCAUCGCUGAUGGGAGCCGGUUCAUCCUGCUGGAGGGGAGCCAGCUGGAUGCCAGCGACUGGCUGAACCCGGCCCAGGUCGUCCUCUUCUCCCAGCAAAACUCCAGUGGGCCCUGGGCCCUGGACCUCUGUGCCCGGCGCCUCCUCGACCCCUGCGAGCACCAGUGCGACCCCGAGACCGGUGAGUGUCUCUGCUACGAAGGUUACAUGAAGGACCCCGUGCACAAGCAUCUUUGCAUCCGGAACGAGUGGGGAACAAACCAGGGGCCUUGGCCAUACACAAUCUUCCAGCGUGGCUUCGACCUGGUGCUGGGGGAGCAGCCAUCUGACAAGAUCUUUCGGUUCACCUACACCCUGGGGGAGGGCAUGUGGCUGCCACUGAGCAAGAGCUUUGUCAUCCCACCAGCCGAGCUGGCCAUCAACCCCUCAGCCAAGUGCAAGACUGACAUGACAGUGAUGGAGGACGCCGUGGAAGUCAGGGAAGAGCUGAUGACCUCCUCCUCCUUCGACAGCCUGGAGGUCCUCCUUGACUCCUUCGGCCCCGUCCGUGACUGUUCCCGGGACAAUGGGGGCUGCAGCAAGAACUUCCGCUGCGUUUCGGACCGCAAGCUGGACUCGUCGGGCUGCGUGUGCCCGACAGGACUGAGCCCCAUGAAGGAUGGCACGGGCUGCUACGACCGCCACGUGGGGGUGGACUGCUCGGAUGGCUUCAACGGGGGCUGUGAGCAGCUGUGCCUGCAGCAGAUGGUCCCACUGCCUGAGGAGCCCCUGCUCUACAACAUCCUCAUGUUCUGCGGGUGCAUCGAGGACUACAAGCUGAGCACGGACGGGCGGUCGUGCCAGCUCAUCUCGGAGUCCUGCCCCGAGGCAGGGGACUGUGGGGAGCCCCGUGAGCUGCCCAUGAACCAGACCCUCUUUGGGGAGAUCUUCUAUGGCUACAACAACCACUCCAAGGAGGUGGCCGCGGGGCAGGUGCUCAAAGGGACGUUCAGGCAGAACAACUUUGCCCGGGGCCUGGAGCAGCAACUGCCCGAUGGGCUGGUGGUGGCCACGGUGCCCCUGGAGAACCAGUGCCAAGAGGAGCUCUCUGACCCCACACCUGACCCUGAGUUUCUCACUGGGAUGGUGAACUUCAGUGAGGUGUCUGGGUACCCCCUCUUGCAGCACUGGAAGGUCCAGUCUGUCAUGUACCAUGUCCGGCUCAACCAGUUGACCAUCUCCCAGUCCUUCAGCAAUGCUCUCCACUCUCUGGAUGGGGCCACUUCCCGGGGAGAUUUCGUGGCACUGCUGGACCAGUUUGGCAACCACUACAUCCAGGAGGCAGUGUAUGGCUUCGAGGAGUCCUGCUCCAUCUGGUAUCCCAACAGGCAGGUCCAGCGGCAGCUCUGGCUGGAAUAUGAGGACAUCAGCAAAGGCACCUCCCCCUCGGACGAGUCGGGGGAACGGGAGCGGGACCCCAAGGUGCUGACCUUCCCUGAGUACAUUGCCAGCCUCUCCGAGUCGGGCACCAAGCGCGUGGCGGCCGGCGUGCGGCUGGAGUGCCGGAGCCGCGGGCACUGCCCGCCCUCCUGCCCCCUCUGCCACCUCGCCUCUGCCUCCGAGGGGCCGGCCGAGCCCAUCCUGCUGGAGGUCACCAAAGCUGCCCCCAUCUACGAGCUGGUCACCAACAACCAGACCCAGCGGAGGAGCAGCAAGGUGGGGAUAGACAUGGGUGAGGGUGAGCCAGGGCAGGCAGUGGGGGUGGCUGGUGGACCUUGCCCUCCUGAGAUGCUGCCUGGCUGGCACUGUCCCCCCAGCCUGAGGCUCUCCACCGUUCACGAGCCCAGCAGCACCCUGGUGGUGCUGGAGUGGGGGCACUCAGAGCCCCCCAUCGGGGUGCAGAUCGUUGACUACCUGCUCCGUCAAGAGAAGGUCACUGACAGGAUGGACCACUCCAAGGUGGAGACUGAGACAGUGCUGAGCUUCAUGGAUGACAUCAUCUCCGGGGCCAAGUCACCCUGUGCCAUGCCUGCCCAGGUGCCCGACAGGUUGUCCUCCACCAUCUCCCUCAUUGUUCGCUGCCUGGAGCCUGACACCACCUACAUGUUCACCCUCUGGGGAGUGGAUAAUACGGGAAGACGCUCCAGGUCCAGUGAUGUGACAGUCAAGACUCCCUGCCCAGUGGUAGAUGAUGUGAAAGCUCAAGAAAUAGCAGACAAGAUCUACAACCUCUUCAAUGGCUACACCAGUGGCAAGGAGCAGCAAACAGCCUACAACACCCUGCUGGACCUGGGUUCCCCCAGCCUGCAUCGAGUCCUUUACCACUACAACCAGCACUAUGAGAGCUUUGGGGAGUUCACCUGGCGCUGUGAAGAUGAGCUGGGGCCCAGGAAAGCUGGCCUCAUCCUCUCCCAGCUGGGGGACCUCAGCAGCUGGUGCCACAGCCUCCUGCAAGAGCCCAAGAUUGGCCUCCAACGCUCGUCCCUCAAGUUCCUCGCCUGCCGCUACAGUGAGAUCAAACCCUACGGGCUGGACUGGUCGGAGCUGGGCCGGGACCUGAGGAAGACGUGUGAGGAGCAGACUCUGAGCAUCCUUUACAAUGACUAUGGGGACAAGGACUACUGA